AGAGAGAGAGAGAGAGAGUGUACAAGUUAUCUGAGCUCGGAGCUCCCACAAAUCACUUUUUUGAACAGCAAGCUCUGACAGGCAGCGGGGGGAAACAGAGAGCAGAGACAAAGGAAAGGUGUCAGUAGGGAGCUGUGUCACAGGAGAAGGUGUGAAGAAACAGUAGAGGGCAUAAACGAGGUGACACCGGUGGAUGGACGGAGGAAAAGCUGCGCUCCAGUUCCUCCUGCUACUGCCGGGGUUUUCUGCUGCUGUGUCCGGAUGGUUCUGUCUCGUAAAGAGAAGGUGUGUCUGAUUCCUGAAAACUUUUCCUCCGGGACAGGGUUACCUUGAGACUGACGCUCUUGCGCUUCGGAUCGUAGGCCUGUUUGCACUUCUUUUAUCUCUGACGCAGCGUGCACUUGCAGAUGAUUCCUCUGUGUUAUCAUGAGAGCAGAUAGAGAGGCAGCUGGCGUGACAUUGAGCUGGACGCGUUGAAAGCUGGUUUAAUGCAGCUGCGCUCAGAUCACAUGCUAUUAUUUGUAAAAAGAGGUAGUCAGAGCUGAGAGCAAUCCAUGCUUGUCACAUGUUUUUCUGCAGGAACAACCCUACUACUACUUUAGGGUGUACAUUUCUCUUUUAAAAGUCUUUUGAGAAUACUUAUUUGAUAUUUAAUCCACCCAGAAAAGUAAUUUGUUGACUUUUGGAUGGUACAGAAUGGACAAUAGGCUGUGGCAGGUUAACAGCCUCUAGGCACAGAAAGUGAGUAAGUCAGUGUCUGCCAGCACUCGUAAUCAUUUUCACUCAUUGGGCUUCAGCUCUACUCACAUUUGCUCCACUUGCCUCCGGGGACAUGUAAUAAGAGAGUGCUUACUGAGCAAUACGGCACAGAGCUGACACGUGGAGAGGUAUAAACUUGCUCUGAGUAAGACAGGAUUACGCUAAAUAUUGCAGGUGGAGGACCGAAAAUCACGAUCUGGUCUGCGAACACAGAAGCAAAGACGACUGAGAGCUGUCAGACUGUUUCUGACGGAUGGGUGUUGGAGAAGUCAUGCGAGUGUUUGGGGGGCUUUCUAUGCUUGGAUGAGCUUUAUUUAGCUUUUGACAGCUCUGCUCUGGACUGGCUACACAGUGCGGCUCGUCAUUGGGUUACCUCUAGCUGACUCAGACUGGCUUAACUCUCGCCGUCUGCCUGCCCACUCCGAUUCUCUCUACCUGCCCCUAUGCAAACAAGACGAGUGUUAGGUGGUUUUCUCAGCGGUAUAGGGACAGCUGGGGCACUUUUUGGACUCUCCACACUGCUGUAAUUGUUCUGUUGUGUGUAAACACCUUGCGUCAGUCACACCUCUCCUCUGGAGUGAUUCACUAUUCCCAAAGCAUCCCUGACUGGAGGCAGGCAGCAAAAGAAAAAGGUGAGGCAGAAUUUGCUAACGCUCAAAGUGCAGAAGGUGCUGAGUUGUAAAGUUGUUACAAUGAAGCUGGGAUUCCUGCUGCUGAUGGCUCUGCACAUGCUGGACAACGUGUCCAGUAUGUCCACAUGUAAGACUGUGGACUUGGAGAUAGUGAGGCAAAAGCGCAUCGAGGCUAUUAGGAGCCAGAUCCUCAGCAAACUGCGUUUGCCUAAAGCUCCUGAGCCAGAAGAAGCUGGAGACAAGGAGGAUAUCCCCACCACCCUGCUGUCCCUCUACAACAGCACCAAGGACAUGCUGAAGGAGCAACAGCUCGAGUCCCAGAUCCCCAUCUCCCAGGAGCAGGAGGAGGAAGAGUACUUCGCCAAAGUGAUGAACAAGUUCAACAUGACGGGCAGGAACAGCACGGAGAGGACCAAAACGAUGUUCUUCAACAUUGCAGAGAUCCGUAACGGUGUGGGCGAUUCCCAGCUGCUCACCACUGCAGAGCUGCGGAUGCUCAUCAAGAAACCGUCCAUAGACAAAGAGCAGCGCGUGGAGCUGUACUACAGCACCGGAGCCUCGUUCCGCUACCACGCCUCCCGCUUCGUCACCAACACGCUCAAAGAAAAGUGGCUCUCCUUCGACAUCACCGAACCUCUGCAGCAGUGGCUCCAGGGCCAAGAGGAUGAGCAGAAGUUCGAACUCCGCGUGUUUUGUGAAUGCGAGCAGCAGACAGCCGCCACGUUCAGCUUCUUCGUGUCGGGAACGGGGAAUAAGCGAGGAGACAAAGCCACCAUGGAGUCGAUGACGGAGCAGCCGCCGUACAUCCUGACCAUGUCCAUCCCGAAGAACAUGAGCAGCCACCUCACGUCGCGCAAGAAACGCUCCACCAGCGGGCAGGAGACCUGCACAGCGCAAACGGAGAACUGCUGCGUCAGGAGUUUGUACAUCGACUUCAGGAAAGAUCUGGGCUGGAAAUGGAUUCACAAGCCCACAGGAUACCUGGCCAACUACUGCAUGGGGUCGUGCACGUACAUCUGGAACGCCGAAAACAAAUAUUCCCAGAUUUUGGCCCUGUAUAAACAUCACAACCCCGGCGCGUCCGCCCAGCCGUGCUGCGUUCCCCAGACGCUGGAGCCGCUGCCCAUCCUCUACUACGUGGGAAGGCAACACAAGGUGGAGCAGCUGUCCAACAUGAUUGUUAAGUCCUGCAAGUGCAGCUAAAAAUACGCGGUGGCACAACGCUCUGCGUCUUCUGGAAACAAACAAUGGAGGAGGUUUUUUUGAUGCCCCAGAAAGGACAAUGUGAUUGUUUGAAGUGGAUCUCCAGCGCUUUUUUUUUU